AGUUGGUUCCUUAGAUGGUACAGCUGCAGCUAGAGAGUACAAAACGACCUACAUAAUGGGGUUACCACUCUGAAUUCAUUGCUAAUGUUGGCAGGGAAGAUGAGAUAACAUAUUUGAGUGAAUAAAACAAAGUGCAGCUGGCUCUCGUGUGCAUCUGCUUGUGCACUGACCACCCUGGGAAGGACACCAAACAGCGGGGGAUGCUGAUUACCUUUCUAUUCAAAAAUAAAUGUCAGCUUCUUCAGAAGAAAAUUCCUCAAAAUCAGUAAGAAAGAAAGAUCGUUGAGUAGGUGCCAAACAGUGAAAUACUGAGAUUUUGCCCCCAGUCGAGAUUUGACAGAUGGAAUGAACGCAGGUUAUGUUGGGUCCAAUCAGGUCCAGCAUAGCCUGCCCAGUGAGGGAGCCUGGGCCCAGGCUGUCAGAUGGGCUGCUGUGUCCCGGGGUUUCAGGUCUUGCUCUCUGGGGCUCUCGUGGCUGUUAGCUGUUGAGCCUGGUGGCCAAGGGUGGGUCAGGCUUGUUGCUGUCACCUGCUACACAGAGUGCAAGAACUGCUUGGGACAGGACCGCCUGACUAGUUCAUUAUCUUUCCUUAGGAACCUGCUGGCCCUCAACCAGGGGCUCGGACAUAGGCCUCCCAGGCCUGACUCAGAGAGAGUUGAGGGUGCCUUUUUUGGGGGCAGCUGCUAGCUCCCCUGUAGUCUGAAGCGACUCCUGUCUUAUGGAGCCUCCAGGUGAGAAAGCGGGAGAAGCCACUGGGCUGCGCAUCACGCCCCAGCUGCUGAAGCUGCGCACAGGCGAGUUUGCCCUGGAGUCCAUCCUGCUGCUGAAGCUGCGAGGUUUGGGACUGGUGGACCUGGGCUGCCUGGGAGAAUGCCUGGGCCUCGAGUGGUUGGACUUGUCAGGCAAUGCACUAACCCAGCUGGGCCCAUUGGCCUCCUUGCGCCAGCUGACCGUGCUCAAUGUCUCCAACAAUCGGCUGACAGGGCUGGAGCCACUUGCAGCCUGCGAGAGCCUGCAGAACCUCAACGCAGCAGGUAACCUGCUGGCCACACCCGGCCAGCUGCAGUGCCUGGCAGGGCUGCGAGGCCUGGAGCACCUGCGGCUCCAGGACCCCUUGGCCCGGCUCAGCAACCCACUGUGCACCAACCCCUCCUACCGGGCUGCAGUGCAAGAAUUACUGCCGGGUCUGAAAGUCAUUGAUGGCGAGCGCAUCUCCGGGCGUGGCAGUGAAUUCUACCAGCUAUGCCGGGACCUGGACAGCUCCUUGUGCCUCAGCUCAAGCCCUGGACCCAGAGCCCCAGAAGCCCAGCCCUGGGUGGAGCCAGGAUACUGGGAUUGCUGGCCCACCCGGAGCAGCUCCAUCCUGGAGGAGGCCUGCCGGCAGUUCCAGGACACACUGCAGGAGUGCCAUGACCUAGACCGCCAGGCCAGCGAGUGCCUGGCUCAAGCUGAGCAGGCACUCAGCCCUGUGGGCACCACUUCUUCCUUUGUUUUCUAAAUGCUCCCUGGGGCUCAGGACAGUAUGGCAAGGGAACCCCACUGCACCUCCCUUCCAGCCUCUGCACUCACCCCUCUUGCCGGGUUGUCGUGUGCCCUGUUCUGUCCUCUGCCACUCCCUCCACAUCCUGCAAGGAUGAACCUCCAGAGGCCCCUCGCUAAUAGAAGGGCUUGCUGAAGGCAGCUGGCCUGAGUGCCGGAUGGGAGCCAGGCGACUGGGCCAACCCCGUGUCUGCAGCCGCUCCAGACUGAGACUUAAAGAGGAAAUUGCUUCUCCCUCAGACUACAGGUGACCAAAACAGAGAUGCACAACACCACCACCACCCCCAUUCAUAGGAGGGGGUAGCCCGGAGCUCACCCUCCAUUCAAGCCUGCCUGUCUGAGGACUAGACUGUGGCCUCGUCCCGUGUUUCCCCACAAGCUUCUCUGCCUGUUUUCACCCACUCGUGUUUCGGUGUGCUCACUGUCUGGGCCA